AUGACUUUCACCUUACUGCUCUCUAUGCCCAACACCUCCCUAUCGUUCAGCGUGGGACGAAUUGGAGCAGGAGCUUUGGUUGCCAUAGAUGCGGUCAACAGAAGUCCAGACCUACUACAAGGUCACCGGCUGGAGUACGACUACAUGGAUGAUGAGUGCAGCGCAGUCAGGGGCUCGGGAAAGGUCGUCAGUCUGCAGCACCAGCGCAACUACAGCGCGUUCAUAGGGCCUUGCUGCUCAAAGGUGUGUUCCCAAAUUGCCAGACUUGCAGCCUACUGGAACAUUGCUGUGGUCAGCCCCAUCUGUGCAGACCAGGAGUUUCUGGAGAAGAAGGACUUCCCAACCCUCACCAGAGUAUUUGGCCCCUUUACCAAGAUGGGCUCCUUCUUUGUGAAGAUAUGCAGGAACUUUGGCUGGAAGCGCAUCGGCAUCAUCCACAGCAACGAGCCCACCUGGACCAUGCCUGCUGCAGGGAUCAGGUACUCAGCGGAAGAUAAUAACAUUACUGUGGCCGCAUUUAAGGAGUUUCCUGACCUGGAUGGGCGAGAAAACGCCUCCCUCUCUGCGAGCAUCCUGAGGGAGGUCACAGCUGUAGCACGCAUCAUUGUAAUCUCAGCUCGAGGCGAGAUGGUGAGGACCUUUAUGAUGGAGGCCUACAAAGAAGGGUGGAUCAAUGGGGAUUAUGUCUUCUUCUGCUUGGAACUCUUCGAGCAAAAGGAUAUGUUUGGGAAUUUCAGUUGGAAGAGAGGAGAUGCAUAUGACUCCAUGGCCAGGAAGGCUUACACAGGUCUCUUUCGCCUGUCCCUGUACAAACCUGAUGAUGAGCGCUACCAGAACUUCUCUGCUGAUGUCAUCCGAAGGUCGAAAGAUGACUUUGGCUACACGUACACUUCGGAUGAGAAGGUGUCCGUUCUGGCUGCCCUUUCCCAUGAUUCUGUGUGGCUGUAUGCCCAGGCACUGAACGAAACACUGUCCGAAAAUGCUGAUCCCUACGAUGGCUAUGCCAUCACCCAGAAGAUGUGGAACAGAACCAUCACAGGCAUUCAGGGUGACGUGACAAUCGAUGAUAAUGGAGACAGGGAGUCGGCCUACAUGAUGCACCACUUCCAGCAGAGCAGCGGGGAGUUUGAGGUUGUUGCAAGUUACUGUGGAACAAAUAAAACUUUUGAACAAGUGGAGGGGGUCAUUAUCAGAUGGCCAGGAGGCAGAACGACCCCCCCUUUGGACACCCCUGGGUGUGGAUACAGAGGAGGGCGAUGCCCCCACGCUGAAAGGAUCCUGAUGAUUGCUGUUGGGCUGAUAGUCAGCUUGUUGGCUGCUGGGACAAUCAGCAUAAGUCUCCUUUACAGGAAAUACAAGCUCCAGGAGAAGGCUUCGAUGAUGUCAUGGAAGGUCAGCUGCAAUGAGGUCACUAUAAUGACAGAGCCAUGCACAACCCCUUCAGCAUGCCAGGUGACUUACUUCAAAAGCAAAUCAAUACCCUCGUCUUGGGAAGCAGUGGAUGGUAACACAGAGGGCCAGCUCCCAUGCCACAGGACUGCGGUGUAUAAAGAGAAUGUGUGUUCGAUUCGCUUCUUGAAUGUGAAAAGUGCCAACCUGAACAAAGAGAUAAUCACAGAGUUGAAACAGUGCAAAGAUUUAAUCCACCCAAACAUCUCCAGCUUCAUCGGAGCCUGUUUAGAUCCUCCUCAUUUUUUACUUUUGACUGAGUUCUGUCCCAAAGGAAGCCUGCAGGUAAUUAAUUUCAUGUUUUUACAGAUACUUGGUUUCUGUUCUGUAAAUAAGCCCCAGGGAAUAUGUUUGCUUAAUCCCAUGGUGCGAUUUCCAUUUCAGGACAUCUUGAGAAAUAAUUCCAUCAAACUUGACUGGACUUUUAAGUAUUCCCUGAUGCUGGACAUCGCAAAGGGAAUGGACUACCUGCACCGCAGUCCCCUGCGUUCCCAUGGCCACCUGUCCUCCUCCAACUGCGUGGUGGACAGCAGGUUUGUGCUGAAGGUCACCGACUACGCGCUCGGCCACCUGAGGUGCAGGGCCGGGGGAGAGACGGAGAGAGGUUGCUGUGACUGGCAGAGCUUACUGUGGACAGCACCAGAGCUCCUGAGGCACCGGGGGUCCCCCAAGGGCACCCAGAAGGGCGACGUUUACAGCUUCGGCAUCAUCGUCCAGGAGAUUGUGUACCGGUGUGGCCCCUUCUUCAUCCCCAGCUGCGUCCUGAAGGCCAGAGAGAUCGUGGAGAGAGUGAGGGCGGGGGGGUGCAGCCCGUUUAGACCCCACGCAGACGCAGCAGAGUGCCCGGAGAGUGCGGAGGCGCUCAUGAGGAGCUGCUGGAGGGAAAACCCUGCGGACAGGCCAGACUUCUCAGCCCUGAAGGUGGUGGUGAAGAGGCUGUGUCCCAGUGGAGGGAGCGACAACAUUUUGGAUGACCUACUGUCUCGUAUGGAGCAGUACGCCAAUAAUCUGGAGGAGAUUGUGAAUGAGCGCACGGCGCAGUUCCUAGAGGAGAAGAGGAAAGCUGAGAGCCUCCUCACCCAGAUGUUGCCAAGACCGGUUGCCAUCCAGCUGAUAGCUGGGAAGGCAGCGCGAGCUGAGACCUACGACUGCGUCACCAUCUAUUUCAGCGAUAUUGAAGGAUUCACAGCCAUGUCUGCCAGGAUCUCCCCCAUGGAGGUGGUUAAUGUGCUGAAUGACUUGUACACGUUCUUUGACAAUAUCAUCGACAGCCAUGAUGUUUACAAGGUAGAAACUAUUGGUGAUGCCUACAUGGUCGUGUCUGGCCUGCCUAUUAGAAAUGGCGAUGACCACGCUAAAGAAAUAGCCAGGAUGUCCUUAGCAAUUGUACAUGCCAUGAAGCAGUUUCAAAGUGAGCAUGUGCCAAACCAACAGCUAAAGGUUCGCAUUGGACUCCAUUCAGGUCCCUGUGUGGCGGGAGUGGUUGGACUGAAAAUGCCACGCUAUUGUUUAUUUGGAGACACUGUAAACACUGCCUCGCGGAUGGAGUCCCAUGGGUCCCCCCUCAAGAUCCAUGUAAGCAGUGCAACCAAGGCCCUCCUUGAUAAAUUUGGAACAUUUCACUUGGAGCUGAGAGGAGACAUUCCUAUGAAGGGAAAGGGCCUAGUGAGGACAUUCUGGCUUCUGGGCGAAGAGCCAUAAAAAUUGUAUGCGUAUCGAUAUUUUUACGGAUUACGCAGUUCUAAGAAAAUCCACCUUGAACCUGUAACUUAUUUCUAUUACUACUUCAUACACAUUCUGUGUCAAGGAUAGAGAAUAGCACUUAGAGAGCUUACCAUUUCACAAUUACACGUCCCUUGGUCAUCUCGUGUCGCCUUUUGUAAUUAUGUGAUCAUUUGUCAUCUGAUGAUGCUAAUUCCACUUGCAAGCCAUUGUGUGCUCUCACAAAAAUUCUUCAGCUUGAUGAAGUAAUUCACAUUUCCAGUUCCUGUAUACUGUGGUGUCGCUGUGCUUUAUUGGACAUGUGUUGAAUACCGUAUUUAAACGACAGAUUAGAAGGUUGUUUUGCAAAGUAUCGUCCCUACUGGAAUCAAAGAGCCUUUUCAGUUCUUGGUUCCACAUCAAAGCAAGGCCAGUUCUCUCAAGUGCUUCUCUGGCUCAACAUCCUGCUUGUCAAGCAUAUGAGGUAGUUAAAGCAUGAAGAAAAUAGUUUGUGUCUUACUUUUUUCAAAAUGUUUUGGGGGCAAAGUCUUAUCUCACCCGACACAUGAAACAAACAGGAAAUGUUAGCCAUUUAGUGAACAGCUUAAAUAUAGCAAGUACGAAUAUUAAUCUUUCAGCCAGACCAAAAAUCUAGAAAGUUAUGUGCCUGCCCUCUUGUCCUCUACCCCAUCACGAAAACAGUUAUGUAAAUCGUCUCUUUGGCUUUUGCCAACUUGUUUGAUUAUUUUUGUAAAUCAAAACCAACGGGACCCACUUUAGUGGCACGAAAACAAAUGUUAAAAGCUGUUGUGACUCCACCCUCAUAAUUUCACGAUUCAAAGACCCACUUCAUAGAUAUCAUCUUAAUGUUGUUAAAUUGCAGCUGCUGAAAUGAUAUUUUGCCCUCUAUCAUAUUGCCCUUCUGUUCAACUUUCUUUACAGUACAUUGAAAAAGGGCAGCCAUCCUGCAGUUUGUAUUUCAUAGUUUUUUAUAUACUCAAGGUCCAUCAUCUCACUAUGAUCAUGGAUUUGAGGGGUGAAUGAACAAUGGCAUAUCCAGAGUCUUACCCAAAGAAAGAACCUAUGUCUGAGCAACACAUUAUUCCAGGUUUAAUUAAGAAAUAAUAAUAGAGAACAGAUGGGAAAAGGUGGGAAGAUAGACAGCAUAAUGCAAUGGAGAGAAGAAAACUUAAGAAAGUGUCAGGUUUUUGUAAUUUCCUUUUAGUGGGCAGUUAUAAAGUGAAUUAUUGUUUGUUGUUUGCAACACAUUAUCGUAUU